AUGGAGGGCAGAGACCGCGGCCGCGGCCUCAAGCAGCUGCCCUCAUGGACGCUGGGCCAGAACUUCAGCCUGGCGGGCGGCUGCUUUCCGUGGAGGUCGCUGCCAUCGUCGUCGUCGUCGUCCUACACCUGCAGCUACUGCCGGCGUGAGUUCCGGUCGGCGCAGGCGCUGGGCGGCCACAUGAACGUCCACCGGAGGGACAGGGCCAGGCUCAGGCAGUGCUGCCCGGCGUGGACUUCGUCUUCCCUUCCGAGCACGACGAACAUGGCUGCUGCUGCUCCCCAGCAGCACAGGGAUCCGCUGCCCAACCUCAACUACUCGCCGCCGCACUGCGCCGGCGGCCCCACGGCCGCGGCUGAGGCACCGGUGAUCUACAGCUUCUUCUCGACGGCGACGUCGACGGUCGUAGCUGCGGCGACGAAGCCGACGACGACCCUUGAGGUGAGCUUGGAGCUGGGGAUUGGAGUCUGCGGCGGCCACAGCGGCGAGGGCUUGGCGGAGGAGGGGUUGGACCUUGAGCUCAGGCUCGGAUGUGCCUGGGAGUGA